GUUCAAACCGAUCCGAUUAAUCUGGCACACAUAAAGUCUUUACCACCAAAAUGGUCAACUUGGAUUAUUCAGGAGGUUCCCAAAACUAUACCUAAACAAAUUGAUACGCGGGAUACUUCUGAAGAAAUUCCAAAACAAAACAAUGAUUUAUGGGGAACUCCUAAGGAGACACCCAAAAAAGACAAUACUUGGGGCACAACAUCCAAACCAGAUAAUGAUACAUGGGGAGCUCAGAAAGAGACACUAAAUAAGACGUGGGAUACAUCUGAAGAAAUGCCAAAACAAAGUAAUAAUUUAUGGGGAGGUCCUACGGAGACUCCUAAAAAAGAUAAUACUUGGGGCACAACAUCAAAACCAGAUAAUGAUGCAUGGGGUGCUCAGAAGGAAAAUAAGACGUGGGGUGGUAAAACUAAUACUUGGGAUCCUUCUGGAGAUAUGUCAAAACAAAACAAUGAUUUAUGGGGAGCUUCUAAGGAGGCAUCUAAAGAAUAUAAUUCUUGGGAUACAACAUCCAAACCAGAUAAUGAUACAUGGGGAGCUCAGAAAGAAAAUAAGACAUGGGGUAGUAAAACGCUUAACUGUUACAAGUGCAAUCAGCCUGGUCAUCGUGCGUCUGAAUGUACUGAAGAAGGUAAUGGUGGUAAAUCGUUUAACUGCUACAAAUGUAACCAGCCUGGUCAUCGCGCGUCCGAAUGUACUGAAGAAG